AUGUCGCCGGUGGUGGAGGAAUUGCUGCAAUUGCAGAUAUCACCGGCUGGAGGAGGAGGGGGAGAUUCGCAUCCAGGAAACGAGCAGCAAGCAGCUGGAGUUGGAAUACUUCUCCAGAUCAUGAUGCUUGUCCUCUCCUUCGUCCUCGGUCAUGUUCUUCGCCGUCACAAAUUCUAUUAUCUUCCUGAAGCUAGCGCUUCACUUCUCAUUGGAUUCAGUCUUUCACCUAAACCAUUCUUCUCCAACUUUGGAGCCAUUGUCACAUUUGCUCUCUUAGGAACUUUUAUAGCUUCUGUUGUUACAGGUGAACUGGGCUCAGAUAUGAACCUUUAUGCCUUGGUGUUUGGAGAAUCUGUCUUGAAUGAUGCAGAUGAACUUCAAAGAACUACCUUCUUUAGAACUCUCCACGAGGUACAUGCUUGCGGAAGGUCUUGGCCUCACUGGUAUAGUGUCAAUAUUGUUCACGGGAAUUGUAAGUGGAAGUUUAAAAAGUUCAAUGUACAACCACUUAUGAUUAUUGGAGCAGAGACCUGGAAAAACAUGUAUUUUUGUGUCUUUCAGGUCAUGAAGCAUUAUACCUACUCAAAUUUGUCAGAAAAUUCACAGCGAUUUGUCUCUGCAUUUUUCCAUCUGAUAUCAUCACUAGCUGAGACAUUUGUGUAA